AUGCUUCAAUGUUUUGAUCAAACUCUCCGUGACGGCUUCCAAUCGAUUUUCAACGUUUCCCUUGACCCAAAAGGUUGGUUACAGGCAACCCUGCCCAUCUCGGUUGGUGGCUUAGGUUUAGGUACCGUGGUGGAUUUAGCACCUUCUGCCUUCUUGGCUUCUGCUGCUGCCACGGUUCCUCUCCAAAAUUUGUUGUUGCCCAGGGAUAAAAUAUAUUCCGACAAUUUCAGAACCCAAGUUUUUGAUGGGUUCCGGACCGUCCACGGAGCGGGGAUUUGUAUCGAAACCCGUUCUCAAAAGGAGUUGAACGCUCCAUUUAUCAGCAGCUCAGUUGCUAAGCUGCUGGAUUUGAACCAAUCAAAUUUUGAUAAAGCCAAGAUAAUGGCUGUAAAAAGUGAGUUGGGAUCAUCUUGGUUGAAGGCGGUUCCAAAUUCCGCCUGUGGUACCAGGCUGGACGACUCUUGUGUUCGUGUCAGUUUGGGACUGAGACUCGGUUUGCCCAUUUUAACCGAGUAUGUUUGUUUAUGUGGAGCCAAUGUUGAACCCCUGGGCUACCAUGGUCUUUCGUGUCCAUUGGGCCCUUGUAGACAGGCUCGACACUCGGCCAUGAACGACUUUUUGGACAGGUGCUUUCAGAGGGCAAACAUAGCCACAAUUAAAGAACCCACGGGUCUUAUGGAGGAAGGUAGCCUCAGGUCCGAUGGGUAUACUAUUUCACCAUGGGCGCAGGGACGUUCCCUUGCUUGGGAUGUUACGUUCCCUCACACCAUGGCUGAAAGGUACAUUAAUCUUACCUCACAGGAGGCGAGUGCCGCUGCCUUAAGAGCCGCAGACUUUAAAAAUUUAAAAUAUGCGGCUCUUGCAGAAAGCAAAAUUUUUCAGCCAGUCUGCAUUGAGACCUUUGGUCCAACCGAUGCUCAGACUCAGAGUUUUCUGAAUGAACUCUGUAGCAGGAUUGUAGAAGUAUCGGGUGACCCAUUAGAUAAGAGUUAUGUAAAGCAAUUCUUUUCUAUUUUACUUCAAAAAUAUAAUUCUUUCUGUAUUGUGGAUGGAGCGUUAAAAUACCUGUCUGUGCGAAGCGUUUAA